AUGGUCGUUGGUCGAGCAAGACUGGAGCGAAGGGUGACGAGCGCGGCGCUUGCCCAGGAUCAAGAGGGCGCUCCUGGAGCUGUGCCUGCACUCAGUGCAGGGAAGCCUUUCGGCGUCCCAGCGGGGCCUCCAUUCGAACUGGGCAAUUGCACGUUGUGGGAGACGCCUCUCUGCCUCGAGGCUGGCGGCGCUGUCGCGUCGCUUACCGUCGCUGAGCCCGACAUUCGACCCACACUGCCAGCCUUCGCUGGAUCUUCGAGCCUCGAGUUUCCGGUGUCCAGCCUGGGCUCCGUCAUUGCUUGCGUGGCUGCGCAUACACUGCAUGCUGAACCUGCACUGCAACACAAACGGCACUACUGA